AUGGAUGACGAAGCGGAAACUUACAAAUUAUGGAGAAUUAGAAAGACAAUAAUGCAACUUUGUCACGAUCGAGGUUAUUUGGUAACUCAAGAUGAGUUGGAUCAAACACUAGAGCAGUUUAAGGAUCAGUUUGGUGACAAGCCCAGUGAAAAAAGACCUGCAAGAAGUGAUUUGAUUGUCUUGGUAGCGCACAACGAUGAUCCUACUGAUCAGUUAUUUGUUUUCUUUCCCGAUGAACCGAAGAUUGGAAUCAAGACCAUAAAAACUUACUGUCAACGUAUGCAGGAAGAAAAGAUCCACAGAGCGAUUAUUGUUGUUCAGUCAGGAAUGACCCCCUCUGCUAAACAGUCAUUGAGUGACAUGGCUCCAAAAUACAUUUUAGAGCAAUUUUUAGAAUCAGAACUUCUUAUAAAUAUAACUGAGCACGAGUUGGUUCCUGAACACAUUGUCCUGACUCCUGAAGAGAAAGAAGAAUUGCUGAGUCGUUACAAGCUGAAAGAAAACCAACUGAUGAGAAUCCAAGCGGGUGAUCCUGUUGCUAGAUACUUUGGUCUCAAGAGAGGACAAGUCGUUAAAAUUAUUCGGCCAUCGGAAACUGCUGGUCGUUAUAUUUCCUACCGACUUGUUUGUUAA